AUAUUCAAAGCCGUUGGGUGACGUGAAGCUAGGUAGAGACGUCGUCGUAAAGACGUGAAUGGGAGCGGGUGAAACUGGGAGGAUACGGUCAAACUGUGAAAACCGAUAUAUGUGUAUGAACCUACCGCACGAUGGAAAGAGAGAGAGGUCUGGUCAGUCUUCUUCCCCACCCUGAAUUACUUCUCCUACAAACACUCUCACCUUAUUAUUAUUAUUAUUAUUAUUAUUAUUAUUAUUAUCGUUCACUCUCUUUCUUCUCCUCGAUCCUCCGUGCUUGCCUUCCCGCAUUUCAUAUCCUUUUCGCAACUGCUGCUUCGACUCCCCAUCAUUAAUUUGUUUAAUCCUUAAUUUUUUUACAUAAUAAUCGCAUUUCACUGCGUCUAAUUUGUCUUCCUCUACACUACACAACUCUUACAAAACUCAUCUCCACGGAUCCCUCCCACUCUUAUCUUUCUUUCUUUACGUUCGUGUUUCAUUGAUUUUUGAUCUUCUUCUUCUUCUUCUUCUUCUUCUUUCUAUUAUUAUUAUUAUUAUUAUUAUUGCUGUUCGAGCAUAGCAAAGUAGUAAUAUGUCUGGAAUUUGGAGAUGGAAGAAGCUCAGAGACAUGGCCACCACGACGUUGAAUUGCCGCUCCUCCCAAAAGGCCGCGAUAUCCACCCGCUUGAAUUACCUCCACGUAGGGUCGUACCGCCGGAGAGAGUCGCUGAUUGGAGUGCAGGAGAGGUACAAGUGGGACCGGGGCGGCGGCUCCGACGAUUUCCAGACCCGGAAGAUUAGGGCGGAGGCCAAUUGCCCCCGCUGCUCCAAGCACAUGGAUCUCGUCUUCUCCAAUCGCCACCUCCCACUCCCACUCCCGCCCCACAAUCACAACACUCAAAUCGGUGACACGGGCGCUGCCGCCUAUCAGGCCGUUAAUCUCUGCCCCAAUUGUAAAACUGCUUACUACUUCCGCCCCCAUAGGAUUGCCCCCUUGCAGGGCAGCUUCGUGGAGAUUGGCAGGGUGGCCAAUAAAGGAAAUGGCUUGGAUAAGAAAAGCAACAAACGCGAUGCUGCCACCGGUGGAGGUGGUGUCCAGGAGGAGGAUUACGGGAACAGGCUUAGGAUGUCCUUUUGGGAGACUCUCAGAUCCUAUGGUGGGGAUCCACCGGAGAAUUGGCCGCCACCACCUCCUCCUCCGUCGGGUGAAAAUGGCCUGGCUGUGCAUACGCCUCCUGGUCCGCCAUUUGCACCGGGGGUCAAUGUAAUUCGUGCUUCCGGCCCUGGCGGUGGCAGUUCCGGCGGAGGCGGAACUGCUGGUGGUUCUUUUGGGGAAAAGAAUGGAUGGGGCGGCUCAAAUUUGGGAAAGGACCUGCCUACCCCGAAGGAGAUCUGCAAGGGUCUCGACAAGUUUGUCAUUGGGCAGGAACGAGCCAAAAAGGUGCUAUCUGUGGCUGUUUAUAACCAUUACAAAAGGAUAUACCAUGCUUCCGUGCAAAAGGGGUCAGGGGUGGAAUCAGGUGUUUCAGGGUCAGUAGAUGAUGAUGAUGUUGAACUUGAGAAGAGCAAUGUACUCUUGAUGGGUCCAACUGGCUCAGGAAAGACAUUACUUGCAAAAACACUUGCUCGUUUUGUGAAUGUGCCAUUUGUAAUUGCUGAUGCAACAACUUUAACACAGGCUGGUUAUGUUGGAGAAGAUGUGGAGUCAAUAUUGUAUAAGCUUCUUACGGUUGCUGAGUUCAAUGUACAGGCAGCUCAGCAAGGGAUGGUCUACAUAGAUGAAGUUGAUAAAAUUACAAAGAAGGCUGAGAGCUUAAACAUUAGCAGAGAUGUUUCUGGUGAAGGUGUUCAGCAGGCACUAUUGAAAAUGUUGGAAGGAACUAUAGUAAAUGUUCCAGAGAAAGGAGCAAGGAAGCACCCUCGAGGUGAUAAUAUUCAGAUAGACACAAAAGAUAUUCUUUUCAUAUGUGGUGGAGCAUUUGUAGAUUUGGAAAAAACUAUUUCAGAAAGACGGCAAGAUUCUUCAAUUGGUUUUGGUGCACCGGUUCGUGCUAACAUGAGAACUGGUGGAAUAACUAGCGCUGCAGUGACAUCAUCCUUACUGGAAUCGGUUGAGAGUAGUGAUCUAAUUGCAUAUGGUCUCAUACCAGAAUUUAUUGGGCGAUUUCCAAUUCUAGUUAGUUUGUCAGCUUUAACUGAGAACCAACUUGUUCAGGUCCUUACCGAACCAAAUAAUGCUCUUGGUAAACAGUACAGGAAGUUGUUUGGCAUGAACAAGGUCAAGCUACAUUUUACAGAAAAAGCACUGAGAUUAAUUGCACAGAAGGCAAUGGUUAAGAACACUGGUGCAAGGGGGUUGCGAGCUAUACUAGAAGGCAUUCUAACUGAAGCUAUGUUUGAGAUACCAGAUGUUAAGACAGGAACUGAUAGAGUAGAUGCUGUUGUGGUUGAUGAUGAGUCAGUGGGCUCAGUAAAUGCCUCUGGAUGUGGGGGAAAAAUUCUACGUGGAGAUGGUGCAUUGGAGAGUUAUCUUGCUGAAAAAAAAUUGAAAGAUUCUGCUGAAAACGUUGAGGCUGUUGAAGGGGAUUUGCAUGAUGGGGAAAUCGAGGCCUCAUCAAGAGCCAUGAGCAUGUAGUGUUAACAUGUAAAAUUUCUCUUUAUUAAUUGUAAAAUUACAAUCAAAAUUUGAUGUAAUCUUCUCCUUGUAAAACAUUCCUUCUGGUCAAUUCUAACUGAAAAGAGAAAGGAAAUGAAAAGAAAAAAAAUUGUAGCAUUGCCUUUUCCCCUCGUCCAAAUAGUAUUGAUGACGAUCACAACUACAAUCAUGAUAAUGAUGUGGUAUUGAUACUUCAUACAAAACAUUGUAAAAAUUCCUGUUGUAUUUGAAGGAACAGUUAAUUUAUGGAAAUUCAGUUCUUUGUAAUA